UAAUUCCUUUCCGGUAAAGCUUGUAGUUAAUGCGGCGGUCUGUUUAGGAGUAGGAAGAAGCGAACCUUCAAGAUAAAUAAUAAAUAGACACAUUUAUAAUGGCCGGAACGGCUUCGGUAGCAGGGGAAGUUUUUGUCGACGCUUUGCCGUAUUUUGACCAAGGUUACGAUGCUCCAGGUGUCAGAGAAGCGGCUGCAGCGCUGGUUGAGGAAGAGACGAGAAGGUACCGGCCGACGAAGAACUACCUGAGCUACCUGCCUACGCCUGACUUCUCUGCUUUUGAGACAGAAAUUAUGAGGAAUGAAUUUGAGCGGCUAGCAGCUCGGCAGCCCAUGGAGCUCUUGAGCAUGAAGAGGUAUGAGCUGCCUGCGCCCUCAUCAGGACAGAAGAACGACAUAACAGCGUGGCAGGAGUGUGUGAACAACUCCAUGGCUCAGCUGGAGCACCAGGCAGUCCGUAUUGAGAACCUGGAGCUCAUGUCGCAAUACGGAACCAACGCAUGGAAAUUCUACAAUGGUAACUUGGCCUUCAUGAUUGAGAUGGCUCAGAAGGAGCUUCACAAGUUCAGGAAGCAAAUUCAAGAUUUGAACUGGCAGCGGAAGAACGACCAGUUGGCAGCUGGAGCCAAACUGCGCGAGCUGGAGUCCAACUGGGUGUCUCUGGUCAGUAAGAACUAUGAGAUUGAGCGGGCCAUUGUCCAGCUGGAGAAUGAAGUUGGUCAGCUCCGUCAACAGCAGGGGGAUGGGGACGAGAACAAGGAGAACAUCAGACAGGACUUCUAGAACAGGACCGACUGAGAGCUGGACUGUAAUGGUUUCUCAGUAAGAUGGACUCCCGUUUAGUUCAGGAAGCAAUGUGAGGAAGGGGAAGUUAAUAUUAAACAGCAGAUUUAACUUGACUUUACACUGACAGGAAAAACAAAGUGGAACAGUUCUGCAGUUUCAGAAAGCUGCAGAGGGAAGUGAGCCAGUUCUCUGGGUUUAAAAGGAGUUUCUUUACGUGCUCCUGAUACACCUGCAGCAGCUUUUGUAUGCCUCACUAAUAAAUGUAAUUUCAUCCAGACUGCAGGCCUUUGAAGUUGCCUUUUAGCCAAGAGGAGUGUACAUACUGUGUCAAGUCUGUCAAAGACUACAUUAGCUGUAGCCCUACAUUUGUUUUUUGUCAAUUCAUUCAACUUUAAAAAAAAAAUAUUUGUAAUAAAAUGAACUCUUAUAA